AUGGCCUUUUCUCCAAAUUGGUGGCGUGCACCAGUCUACUUCACCGUCUCUGUUUUGUUGGCUUUCUUAGCAAUCUCCACAGCGCUACGCUCACUUCCCAAAGAUGAACCACUACCUACAGAAUCGACCACAGCUCCAAUCUUUUUGGAAGCCUCUGGCGCAUUAAGAAGAUCAGGGUUUAACAUCAUAGCCGCCCUCCUUCAAAUCACCCCUGAAAUCUUCCUUUCUUCUCCGCACUCAACAAUCUUUGCAAUGCCGGACUCUUCCAUUGCAAACGCCUCUCAAAAUUCUUGGCUCUUGAAGCAUCUUUUUCAGUAUCAUACCUCUCCUCUUCAGCUUUCCAUGAAUGAUCUCUUGAACAAGCAUCAAGGAAGUUGCUUCCCUACCCUACUUCGUCGAAAGAAUGUCGCGAUAACUAAGGUUGAUACGAAAGAAAGAGUGGUAGAGAUCAAUCAUGUGUUGGUUUCACAUCCGGAUAUCUUUCUUGAAGGGCCCUUAACGAUUCAUGGUGUUCUUGGUCCAUUCACUUCAAUGGAUCCUCAAAAUGUUGAUCAGGGUUGGGAUCAUAUUCAAUCACCUAUAUGUGAUUCUAAUCUUAGAUUGGUUUCGGAGGCUAUUGACACCAAGAACGUGGUUGAAUGGACAUAUAUUAUCCGUUUGCUAAGCUCGAAGGGAUUCGUUUCUUUUGCAAUUGGCCUGAAUUCUGUUCUUGAUAGGAUUCUUGAAGAUAAAAUGAACUUGAGUUCUGUUACAGUCUUUGCUCCACCAGACUUUUCGUUUGUAGCAUCUCCUUCAGCUUUGCUUGAUAAAUUAGUGAGGUUUCAUAUACUACCUCGAAAGUUCACCUAUAAGGAACUUGCUUCUUUGCCUGCUAAUGCAUCACUAAGUACUUUAAUUCCUGAUCGUGAUCUUGAGAUAUCUGGGGGCGUCAAUGUCACACAAGAAUUGAUCAUUAAUGGAGCUAAGAUUGUUGCACCAAAUAUCUUUCUAUCCAAGAAGUUUGUGGUCCAUGAAAUUUCUCAAGUUUUCCAACUGGCUGAGCUUCCUAAGACCUCUAGCUGA